AUGUAAAAGCCUGAGGCGAGUUAGUUAGAAGAAUUGCUAAAGCAAGCGAUUGAAGAAAAUGAAAUACUUAGAGAUCGAGUAGCAGAGUUAGAAGCGCUCUUAGUGGCUGCAUAGGAAGAAAUAGAGAAAAGAGAUGAAGCGAUUAGAGAGUUAGUAUAGAAUAAUAACGAGAUGAUGAACGAUAGUUAGUCGCAAGAAAUUAGUAAUAAUAAGGUGGAGGAAGAUAUAUAAAAGAAAGGUUAAAGCAAAUAAAGUAGUAGCCGCAAGUAAUCUAAAAUAAAGCGCUAAGCUAACGAAGAAGAUAGUGAUGAAAAGAGUAAUAAUCAAGAUAAAAUAAUUAAUGUAAGUAAUAAUAUAAGCGAAGCAUCCAACAGAGACAUAGAUGAAGAGGAUAGCGACGUGACAUAAAAUAAAGAAGAAUAAGACUAGGAAGAAAUUAGAUUUUAAUAUAACAAUCAAUCAGCAAACCAAAACCAGCCAAUUUAUAUAUCCUCAUAAUAAAGUAAUAGUUAAAAUUAGUAAUAAAAUAACUCAUAAAACGAUAGUGACGAUGAAAACCAUCUUUAAUAGGUAAUCAUUAAUUAGUUCUAUUCACUUACUUACUUACUCAUUCACUCUAUUUUAUCAUUUCAAUAUCCUAUUAAUUUUUGUUUGUUUUAAAAUAAUAUAGGCGUAACAAUUAGAUUUUGCAAACAUAAAAAAGCGUAUAAAAAAAUUUAAAAAAUGAAUGGAUUUUUUAAUUUUAAGUAUUUAAAUUUCAAUCAUAAAUGCUUUGAAAGUUAGUUAAUUGAUUAUCAAUUUACUUGCUUCAUCAAAAAUUAGUUGGUAAGUAUGUAAAUAAUUAAGUAACUAGACAAUAAACAAAAAAAACAAACAAACAAACUAAUAAAUAAACAAAAGAGUAAAUAAAUAAAUAAAUAAAUAUAUAAACAAAACCUCAAUAAAUAAAUUAAAAUAAUUAACAAUCAUAUUGAAAAUAUUUAUAAUUGGCUGAAUGGCUGGCUUUUAUUUAUAAAGAUAUUUAUUAACAACAAGAAAUAUAAUAGUAAGGGAGUACAUAAAAUAGAGUAAUUUAUAUAGGUUUAAUAAUUAAAAUUAUAUUUAUAUAAUUAACUAAUAGUUAGUGCAAUCAUUCAUUCAUUUAUUAUUAUUAUUUAUUGUAUAUAGAUAGAUAGAUUGAUACAUUCAAUUAAAACCAUUUCUUAAUUUUUAUUUAUCUAUUUAUUUAUUUUCUUUCUUUCUAUCAUUCUUUAAAUAUUCUUUCUUAUAUUUUUAUAAAUUAUAUCAAAAUUAAUAAAUAAAUAAAUUCAUUAAUUAAUCAUCAAAAAAUUCACCAAUUUCAACUCUUUUUCUUAAUUUUUGUGUUUUUAAUUCAAUUUUAUAAGUUUAUUUGAGUUAAGUUAGCAAUUUUGA